ACUAAUGUGUGAAUAGCGUGGUUUAUGAGUCUGGGCCUCCUAUGUCACUGGCAGUUCCUAAAGGAAAAUGAGGCGUAGGCGCACCACUUGCCCGGAGGGAUUAUAUUAGGAAGGGGAGACUCGGGUGGAUGCAAAUAUACUAGAUUUGGAAUAUAUCCCGCUGGACUCUACAUGGUUGUGACUGCGUACAUCAUUAGCAUGCGUACUAGUCCAUGCGGGUAAAAAAAGAAAAAAGUAAAAAAAAAAAAGGACAAGGGCAAUUAUUAUGAAGAACCAAUCAAAAGAAAGAGAGAAAAUACUUGGUUUAGAAUGGCUAAUUUGGUGCCGGCAAUGGUAUAUGUUUGUUAACCAAUGCCGCGUUGGACAGAAAGGAUGGUCAGCCAGUCACCAUGGACUAAAGCUAUUUAAUGGAUUGUGGCUCGAAAAUACGUUUCCUGAAAAUUAAACUACUUCGUAUAUACCAGCAGACUUGACCAAAACAUCAUGCAGUCUCGGUCAAAGGAAAGUCAAGACAUCUAUUCCCCCUUAGAACCACUGGCAAUUGUGGGCUUUGCCCUCAGAUUCCCAGGCGGUGUUGCCUCAGAAGACGACUUCUGGCAUAUGAUCUGGGAAGGUAGAUCAGCAGCUUCAGACUUUCCUGAGGAUCGGUUGAACAUAAAUGGAUUCUACCACCCUGACAAGUCAAGGCAAAAUACUGUCCCAGUGAAGGGCGGAAACUUCCUUCAAGGCAAUUUGGGUGCAUUUGAUGCGCCGUUCUUUUCCAUAUCACCCGCAGAGGCAGCGUGCAUGGAUCCGCAGCAUAGACUUUCGUUGGAGACCACAUAUCAUGCACUAGAAGAUGCUGGGGUACCCAUGGAGAAAUGUUCCGGUUCCGACACGUCUGUGUAUACGGGAAGCUUCACUAAUGAUUAUCUCAGUAUAUUACAGCAGGACUAUGAUGCAGAACAGCGCCACGCUGCUAUGGGUAUCGCAACCUGCAUGCUGGCAAAUCGCAUAAGCUGGUUCUUCAAUCUGAAGGGAACUUCUAUGAAUAUUGACACUGCUUGUUCGAGUAGCUUGACUGCACUUCAUCUUGCAUGUCAAGACCUCCGGGCGGGCACCGCAUCGAUGGCGCUGGUGGGUGGUGCAAACUUAGUGUUCCACCCACAGUUUAUGAAAAUGAUGGCGAACGCUAAUUUUCUAACACCAGACGGUCAGUGCUGGAGCUUUGAUGAACGAGCAAAUGGCUAUGCACGGGGCGAAGGCAUAGCUAUGCUUGUAGUAAAACGUCUUGAACAUGCCUUGCGCGAUGGAGAUACUGUCAGAGCCGUUAUUCGUAAUACCGGCUCAAAUCAAGAUGGUAGAACCCCCGGGAUCACACAACCAUGUCUUGAGUCCCAAAUAAACCUGAUCAAGGAAACAUACAGGCGUGCCAAUAUUGACAUGCAACCUACUCGCUUUUUUGAAGCACAUGGAACUGGUACUCUGGUAGGUGAUCCGAUAGAAGCAACCGCUAUUGGUCAAACAUUUAGAUAUCAUCGAAGCCUGGAUGAUCCUCUAUAUCUCGGUGCUGUGAAGGCGAAUAUUGGACAUCUGGAAGGUUGUAGCGGCCUUGCCGGUGUCAUCAAAUCCCUGCUGGCUUUGGAAAAUGGAGUGAUCCCACCAAUCGCCAGGUUCCAGACAGUCAGUACUCAGAUCGAUACGGAGGCUCUGCCAAUAUGUUUUCCCACAAGCCCUGUUCCUUGGCCAACAUCCGGUCUUCGUCGCGCUUGCGUAAACUCUUUUGGAUUUGGUGGCACAAAUACCGUUAUUAUCCUCGACGACCCGUACAACUACCUGCAUCUCAAUGGUCUUCAUGGUCAUCACCGUACCCGGAAAGGAGGAUGCGAUGUCCUAGCUGCCCAGCAAAACCCCGUUGAUCGUACUAUUACAGCUAUAUCAUAUGACGAUGAACCAAGUGACUCUUUAGAUCGGUGUGACAUGCCACAACUCCUUGUUUGGUCUGCCACUAGGAAGGAAGGGGCCGAGAAACUAUCUGAGGCGUACAGCGAACUUAUUCAGGACGCUCACUGUGACUUGCGAGACCUCUCAUACACCCUGACAGAGAGGCGAAGCCACCUAUCGUGGCGCAGCUUCACAAUAUCAGGUGGAUGCGACAAUAGGCUUUGCACCUCCAACACAAAUGUUCAGAGGCCGAUUAGAGCACACGAGAACCCUGGCGUUGCAUUUAUAUUUACCGGCCAGGGAGGUCAGUACCAUGGCAUGGGUCGUGAACUCUUCCACUAUCCAGAGUUUAAGAAAAGUGUUGGUUUAUCGGAUGAAUGUUUGAAAAGACUCAAUUGCUCAUGGUCACUCUAUCGACUCCUUAGUGUCGCUCACGACGACUUUCAAAUUGAUAGUCCCGAGUAUAGUCAGCCAUUGUCAACAUGUGUCCAGAUUGCCUUGAUUGACUACCUUACCAGCAUAGGCGUCACGCCAACAGUUGUUUUAGGUCAUUCCUCCGGGGAGAUAGCCGCAGCGUACGCUGCUGGGGCUCUCUCCCGAUUUGCUGCCAUUAAGGUUGCUUAUUAUAGGGGUGUCUUAUCGUCUAAGCUUGCAGGUAAUGGCCCUGAUCAGAGCAUGAUGGCGGUAGGUCUGUCGAAAGGCAAUAUUCUUCCAUAUAUUGAGCGACUUGGAGAGCAAGUCAACACAGUCGACAUUGUGAUUGGAUGUGUCAAUAGUCCAAAAAGUAUCACACUGAGUGGAAGCGCUGAACAGCUGGACACGGUGCAGCAUUGGCUUGAAAAGGAUAAUAUAUUUACACGGAAACUCCGAGUCUCUGUUGCAUAUCACUCAAGCUCAAUGACUCAUAUUGCGGAUGAGUACAUGCUGGCAAUUGGAAGCCUUGAAAAAGGCCGAGAAUCCGGACACAUACCAAUGCUCUCCUCGGUAACGGGAGAUGUCGCAGCGGUGGAUACUAUCGGAAAUGCGGAGUACUGGAUUCGAAACAUGUAUUCUAGGGUAGAGUUUGAUGGAGCUAUGACCAAUCUCUUGAUGCAAUAUUCCAAGGGACCCCGCAAACAACUCGGUCGCUCAAUCAACCGUUGGACUCCUCGAGUUACCCAUAUCCUGGAAAUCGGACCCCAUAGUGUGCUUCAGGGACCAAUAGCGGAUUGCUUGCAAGCGUCUUCCGCUCCAGAGAAGCCUACUUACAUUCCAUCGCUCAUCCGGGGUGAGAAUGCUCAUCACGCCCUUCUUAGAACAGUCGGAAAACUAUACUGCGCCGGGUUACAGGUCGACUUGCUGAAAGCAAAUAUACUUAAGGAUAUGCCGAGGCCAACGCCAAAGGGAAUGCCACAGUAUCCAUUCGACCAUAGUACGGUGUAUUGGAAGGAAAGUCGAAUUAGCUCGAACUUUCGUUUCCGCCCAGAACCACGACAUGAUUUGCUGGGGACCCGUACACUUGACUGGAAUCCGAGAGAGGCACAAUGGCGAAAUACUCUACGAGUUAGUGAACUGUUAUGGUUGCGUGAUCAUAGAGUGGAAGGGUUGAUCACGCUACCUGCUGCCGCCAUGAUCGUGAUGGGAGUUGAAGCUUUGGGACAGCUGAUUGAAGAUACGGGAAGUAUUGAUGCUAUCAAUUUCGAAAGCGUCAGCUUCCUGCACCCAAUACGCAUUUCUGAUGAAACAGACCAAGUGGAGACGCAAUUCACUCUCUCAUCCGAGAGCUCAACUAUGGCUCACACCUCCUGGUCAAGGUUUAGGCUUUUCACUAUUGAGAAUGGCUCAUACGUGGAGUGCUGCAAUGGACUUGUUCGUGCUACCCUUAAUUGUGACCAACAAACCACAAGCAGCUCCCCCAUUCGAAUUCCGUUCGCAACUCGGGGAAUUGCUCCCUGGAUUAAAGAGGUACAUGAUGCCUGCCGAGAAGCAGAGGUAGAUGCCUAUGCCAUGUUGAAGGGUACCGCAGUAGACUACGGUCCCUGCUUUCAGAACCUUCGAGGUUUACGCUUGGGAGAUGAUGGCCAGGCAAUAGCAGAGGUAGAAAUGGACACUUGGAAGUCAAGGACAGACGCCGAUACAUGGGCCCAGAAGUACGCCGUCCACCCUUGCACCGUCGAUGGCUUGGCUCAAGUUCUCUUUCCGGCCCUCAUAAAGGGGGGGAAAGCCCUUCCUACAAUGGUCCCAACUCGCGCCACCAGCAUAUGGAUCAACUACAGAAGGCCCCAGCUUCUUCAGAAGGGCAGUCUUGGGGUCGCUGCUAGAUGCAGCAUGCGUGGAGCCCGAGGGUCCUCGGCCAACAUUAUAGGAACCUCAACUGGGUCCGAUAAUAUACCAUUGCUAUAUAUCGAGGGCUUGGAAACUACAUUCCUUGGUUCUCUCGAGACCUCCAAUAGUGCAAGUGAGACUAUCCGUAAUCUGUGUACUCGCCUUCUGUGGCGGCCUGAUAUUGAUCUUAUGAGUGUUGAAGAGCUCCGGAAAGAAUGCUCGCGUGAACGACCGGAAGAACCCAGAGAUUCUGUGCAACGAUACAGGACCCUAAAACUUGCUAUCUUUACGUUCGUCGAGAUUGCCAUCACCAGCAUUAAUCAGGGUCGCAGCCCAUCAAUACCAGAGGAGUUUAAACGAUACAUGGCUUGGAUGAAAUAUCAACAGCAACGACCGGAGAAUUCUGAACUUCGCAGAAUGGCCCAAAGGCUAAUAGCUAACACCAGCGAACACGAGACGACUAUUACUUUGGUUGAAGAAACUGGUAUAGAGGGCGAAUUCUUUAUGAACAUUGGCAGGAACCUAACCGAUAUACUUUCUGGCAUCAUGGACCCUCUAGAGUUGAUGUUCAAAAACGACCUUACGGACCGUUAUUAUCAGCAGAUGUUAGGAAACCCCUACCAUACUCAUCCUGUGACAGUAUAUCUUGAUUAUCUCUGCUUCAAAAACCCAUCUAUGAACUUUCUUGAGGUCGGUGCCGGUACCGGAGGUCAAACAGCAUGUGUAUUAAAAUCCAUCGGUUGGAAUGGUCUGCAAAGGUGUGCCCGGUAUGAUUAUACCGAUAUAUCGCCGGCCUUCUUUCCAAAUGCGCGACAGAGGUUCCAGGAGUAUGCAGAUAUUAUGCGCUUCCAAGUCUACGACCUCUCCACCGACCCGAUCUCCCAAUCCUUUGAGGAAAACGAUUACGAUGUGAUUAUCGCAUCCCAUGUCCUUCACGCUGUCGAUAAUCUUGAUCAGGCUCUACAGAAUAUUCGAAAGCUUCUCAAGCCGAACGGGAAGCUCUUGUUGUUCGAAACUACGGAUCCCGAUUCCUUGCCAAUUGGGUUCGCCUUUGGGCUACUCAAGGGCUGGUGGAGUCCCCUUGCACUUGAGCCUCGGUCCCAGCACAGUCCAUGCCUGACUACUGCUCAAUGGGACCAUAAACUGAAGAACGCAGGUUUCUCGGGAGUGGAUAUGGAAUUCGAAGGCCAGCAAUAUUCUGAAUGUCAAUACAGCAGUAUCAUUAUCUCCAGGGUAACGGCCCACGCCAAUGGAGUAGCUCAUGCAAACAGCGUAUCUGGCAUCUGCAGCGAUAUAGCCGUCAUGGUAGACCCGGAAGUUGAGGAUCAGUGUCAAGUCGCAGCAUCACUCGUGGAACAUUUCGGUAAUAUUCCCACCUACAGCCUCCACAACCUCGCCAGGGAGAACCUUUCACCUUCAACAUUAGUGGUAUCUCUUCUAGAGCUGAGGAAACCAUUCCUUAAUGCCAUUUCUGUACAGGAUUUCGGCAGGCUCCAAUCGGCCCUCCUUAAAUCGAAGAACACUCUCUGGAUCACCCAGGCACAUGGGACGUGUGAUCCGCAUCAAUGUCUAGUGGAGGGAUUCGGCCGCUCGCUGGCAUCCGAAGACUCAACUCGGGUGUUUGUCACACUUGCUCUAGAUGGUUCUGACAUGAGAAUCAAACAACGCAGUGACCUGAUUUCACUUAUGAUCAAGAGGAUACGGGACGGACCCCGGAGUGAUCUUGAGACGAACUUCAUCGUUAAAGGUGGUUUACUGCAGAUACCCCGUGUCUCGGCAGACUUUACCAUGAAUCACAAAGUUGGUCAGGGGAAGCAACAAUACCAACAGGAACCCUGGCAGCUGCCCAGUGGAGCUCAGGCGUCCAUCAAACUGGGCUCACCAGGCCCUCACCAUAGCUUGGGAUUUUGGGAGAAGCCAUGUGAUACACAGGCGAUUAGUAACGUCGAACUAAUCGUCGAAGUAAAAGCUGUGGGGCUGUCCUUCCGGGAUUACCUCACUGCUAUGGGGCAACUUGAUAACUCUGAGCUUGGUAUGGAGUGUGCUGGAAUUGUUACGGUAGCUGGAUGUAAAUCUGGCUUUAACCUAGGUGACCGUGUCUGCGCUAUUGGGACAUCUAUGGCUUGCACAUCUGUCCGGGUUAGGUCAGAUGGUGCUAGAGCCUUACCUGCAGAUGUGACUUUUGCUGAAGGAGCUUCAUUACCCUGUGCUGUCUGGCUAGCCUAUCACUCCCUAGUUCGUGUUGCUGCGAUUCAAAGGGCAGAGUCCCUCUUGAUUUGCCAAGGGUCCAGUACCGUCGCUCAGAUGGCCAUACAAAUAGGACUCAUUCGAGGGGCUCGCGUUCUUGCACUCGUUAGUUCUGAGACCAAGAGAAACUUUGUCUGCGAUACAUUUGGUCUUGAGCGCCGAGACGUUUUCUUGAACGACGAUCCUAAUACGAGUAGCAGACUGCACGAGAGUACGGAAGGGAAAGGCAUCGAUGUCAUCGUUGGUUCUUUCGCGGAGUAUAAUAUGGUUGACUUUUAUGAGUAUCUUGCUCCCCACGGACGUCUCGUCGAUACCAGCUUAGUGCCAUCAUCGACCAUUUUCAGAAGCCCUAUGCCAGGCAGCCGACUCGUGAAUGUAACACAGGCAUCAAUCAAUCUCCCAGAACUUCUUCGAACAAAGGCAUCCGCCGCUCAUCAGGUUUUCCAAGAAGCCAUGGAGCUGUACUUCCGUCAACCGCUAAAGCCUCCACGCCCCCUUAACAUAACCCCUAUCAUAGAUAUUGAGCGAGUGUUCCACAGCUUCAACAAAUCAAAUGCGAUUGGAAAACAAGUCGUGGAGUUGGGAAAAGGAGCCACAAUCGCCGUAAAUGCCAUCAAAAAGCCUGGAUAUUACCUUUCCAAUGCCGUUACCUAUAUCAUUGCUGGUGGUUUUGGUGGGUUGGGGCGAAGCUUUGCGCGAUGGCUUGUUGCCAGAGGUGCUCGUCACCUGGUUCUUCUGUCUCGCUCUGGUCCCCAGACUCAAGCAUCGAAAUGCCUGCUACGGGAGCUAAAAGCCCAAGGAGUUCAGGUUGUUGCACCGCGAGUCGACAUUGGUGAUCUUAAUGGUCUCAGGGAAGUGAUUCAUUCUUUGUCGGUGUAUAUGCCUCCGUUUCAUGGUUGUAUACUGGCGACGAUGGUUCUUAAGGAUAAUCUUUUCGGAAACAUGAGUCAUGAUGACUGGGCUCAGAGUACACAAUCCAAAGUUGCUGGCUCCUGGAACUUGCAUCAGCUAUUGCCGAAGGGCAUGGACUUCUUCAUCCUUCUAUCAUCAGUAAAUGGAAUUCUUGGCGGAAUGGCUCAGGCAAAUUAUGCCGCGGGCAACACCUUUCAGGAUGCACUCGCACGGUACAGAAUUAGUACAGGAGAAAAGGCCGUCGCUAUUGAUCUUGGGCUCAUGGUUUCAGAAGGUCUUGUGGCCGAGAACAAGUCCUUGUUAGCAUCCCUGCGAUCGAUGGGCCACUUAAUGGAUAUAUCGCAGGACGACCUCAUGGCCCUCCUAGACUAUUACUGUAACCCAGGCCUGCCGUUACUUUCCCAGGAUGAAGCUCAGGUAAUCGUUGGCAUUGAUCUACCAUCCAACGUACGAGCCAAAGGGAAAGAUCUCCAUCACUUCAUGCGUCGCCCUAUAUUCCGCCACCUGUUCGCCAUUGACCGGCAACUAAAAGGGAGUAGUGCGGAGGCUAAAGCCUCCAGCAUAACUACUGCUAUAGAUCGAGCAUCUGAACUCGGGGCGGUAGAAUCACAGGACGAGGCUGUAUCUCUUGUGACUGGUUGGAUCCGCGUCAAGUUAGCGGAGAUCAUGGGUAUUGCCGGAGUGGAAAUCAGUCCUGAAAAACCAGUUAAUGCAUACGGGAUGGACUCGUUGAUGGCGUUGGAUCUCAAGAACUGGUUUCAUAAUGAGAUCGGUGCGGACCUCGCCAUCUUUGAUAUUAUGAGUAGUAUGGACUUGAAACAGCUGGCCGGGGUGGUUGUCUGGAAGAGUCGCUAUCGACAAUGACGGACAGGUAACCUACCUCAUCUGUAUAACAGUAUAUUGUCGCUGGGUGGCAAGGGGCGUAUCGUGCUCGCUUCGACGAUAUAUUAGGGAACGUCCAACAGGGUACAGUUACUAUGGCUCGAGUUGAAUCGAAUGAUUCGGGGUAGCACCAUCCAUUACUCAAACCUUGAUGGCUGCAUCCCAAAUCUGUCUUGAGAACCAUUAAGGCCGGGGUGAAACGGCGUUGAUUCCCAUCAGAACCGUGCCAAGUUCUCCUAGUCCCUAGCUGCAAUCGAAAACCACAAUAGUUCAUCUUUGCCAACUAGCAGCCCCCUUGAAUAC